AGAAGUCUGUUCUUCCUCUCUUUUAUGCUAACUUGUGUUGUCCUGGUGACACCCAAUCCCUCUACCUCUUGAAAUACUUCUGUGCCUCUUUUGGAAUUAGUGGAAUGCCCGUCUUUCCUUCCAAGUAGGAAAAAAACAGGCUAUGAAUGAGAAAGUGGGAACGGGAAGAUUCCAGCGAGGCGACUACCACAUUGAUGUUUGCAUCAAUGACUACCUGGAUGUGUUCUGCCCUCACUAUGAAGACUCGGUGCCAGAAGAUAAGACCGAACGCUAUGUUCUGUACAUGGUGAACUUUGAUGGCUACAGCUCCUGUGAUCACACCUCCAAAGGGUUCAAGAGGUGGGAGUGUAAUCGGCCACAUUCCCCGAAUGGACCAUUGAAGUUCUCGGAAAAGUUCCAGCUCUUCACACCCUUCUCACUAGGAUUUGAGUUCAGGCCAGGCCGGGAAUAUUUCUACAUCUCAUCUGCGAUCCCAGAUAAUGGAAGGAGGUCCUGUUUAAAGCUUAAGGUCUUUGUGCGACCAGCAAACAGCUGUAUGAAAACUAUAGGUGUUCAUGAUCGUGUUUUCGAUGUUAACGACAAAGUAGAAAAUUCAUUAGAACCAGCAGAUGAUACCGUACAUGAGUCAGCCGAGCCAUCCCGUGGUGAGAAUGCGGCACAGGCACCAAGGAUAACCAGCCGGCUUUUGGCAACUCUAUUGUUCCUCCUGGCAGUGCUUUUGAUAUUAUAGCACAGUAUGCUUCGGCAACCUGUCGCAGAAAAUAUCAGGGUCUUGGAACAUCAAAGAUCCACCUAACUGCUCAUCCCAGGAAAGGGACUUUAUUGUUUUUGCAGAUGUCAAAUCGUUAUUUUUCCCGUUUUCCUUUUCUUCUCCCUUUUAGCCUGAACUCAGCAAAAAUUUGAAGGGGAUAACUAGCUUCAGCACCCAUCCCUACCUACCUACCCUGUGACUUUCUUAACCCCUCUGUAUAAAUAAAAGGACUCCAAAUGAAAAUGCCAAACUAUAAUAGUGACACUAGUGAUUCUUAUUUUCCUCUGCAUUCUCCUUUAAAAAGUCAUCUCUGUUAGCCGUGUCAUCCAUAUGUGGGCAAGGAAGAAUAGUGGUAGAUGCAGUCAGUAAAGGAUAAGGGAAGUAAGUGAAAGCCUGGGAGAGUUUUCCUCUCUGAUACAAUAUUUAUGCCUUCUCGUUCAGGACUGUAGGGUGAUCAUGCAAGGCAUCAUACCACCAUGUUAGGACUGGAGGGGAAAUACUAAGAAUGGUUAUAAUCUAACACUACAUCCUCGAUUUCUAAAUUAACAGGCUUCUGAAAGGAAAAGACAAUGUUUAUUAUAGGAUUGUCUUGAAACCUCUUUGACAGUACAAUUUGUGCCCACAAGUAGGAGUACUCUCUUUAGUGAGAGGAAGAAGUUAGUUAUUUAGGAAUGUUAGCACACAGCAGGCAAGGUCAGAUUUAGGAAACUUCACUGGGGGUGUAAGUGCCUCUGUUAUUUCGUUUUAAGGGGAUAAUGCACACCGGAUUAUUUUAUUUUAAAACAAAUCACCGUGGUGCUACAAUUUUUUUCUUGAAAUGCAGAGGCACUUGAGCAGAAUAAAGUGACCUUCCCCAGCGCUGACUUUAGUAGCUGAUAGCCUUGGAUGCUGCUCUGGUUGUUAAUACAUGCCAAGAGAGGACAUCAGUGGCCAGAGGAAAUGUGUUUGGGACACAGGAUCUCCAGUGUGCUCUUGAUUGUCUCCCCUGCAAGUUCAUCAAUCAUGGAAACUUCAAUCAUCAAUCAUGGGGGUGGGCGGGCAGAAAACAGAUGUGGAGUAUGAAUUCAAGUGUUGAUUUUUUGUGUUUUCCUCUUCCAGCGCAGUUUGAAGCAUAGAGGAAACAUGUUUAUCGGUCAGAGAUAAACUAGAUGGGCUCCCAAAGACACAACAAAAUAUUUUUUUAAAAAUCCAGUAGAAUAGUAAAUACAUUAUUUAGAUAUACUUUAUGCUGAGAGUAAGUAUAUAUGCUUGUCCUAUUUAAACAUGUGAGAGAAGUGGUAAUCCUUGAUGCAAUUAGGAGAUGGGACUGUCUUGUGCGAUGGAACUAGGAGUGGCCCUGUUUAAGGGAUCUGAGCCUCGGCUGACGUAAAACUUCAAAAUUUACCAGGAAGCGCAAACCGUGGGGUGUAUUUUGGCUAGGCAGUCAUGGAAUUUGAACUGCUAAGUGUAAUCAGGGAAAUACCAGAUGAAGACUAAAACAGAGGUUUUUUAACAAAAGCAAUGAUAGUUACUGUAAAUGUGAAACAAAAGAUGGAGCUCCUUCAAACAAAACAAGGGUUUUCUAUACCAGUUGUGAUGAAAAAGUCUACCGUAAUGAAGUGGACUGAUACUAUUAGUGGACAGCACUUUGUGGGCUUUUUUUUUUUGUUUUUAAUGAAGAAAAGCUUUCCAGAAGUUGAAGCAGCCCAUAAUUCACAAUAAGGAGGAAACGGAGAAAUAGAGUUAAGAUGUAAAGGGAGAUUUUAUGCAUGCUAAACUAUGACUUGGGCUUGCCUGAUACCAUACAACAUCGUCAUUAAUGCAGGGCCUGUGCUUGCAGGAGAAAUGUAGGAAGUUUCCUGUAGUGUGAAGUGCACAUAAUGAAAAUACCAAGUUUAAAUGUCUAGGGAAGUCAUCAACUCAUUGCAGGCUGUCUGGUGCUUUUCUCUCUUUAUCAUGGAUAUGCUUGAUACAUACACGAAUACUUCUGUAUGAAAGAAUUAAAAAGUUUUGGAUGAUGAGCUUAACCAAAAUGCACCUUAUCAAAUGGAUUAUUAACCAGAGUACAGGUACUGUUGCAUCACAGGUAACCAUAUUAAAACAGUUCAUAACAAUCACAGGCAGUCAUACCAGUAGCACCAGUUUCAGGUAGAAAUGGUGACUACUUUUUUCAUUCUUUGUGUCUGAAUGAUGUCAGAGUUGAAGAUGUACAUUUAUACACAGCAAAUUAUUUUCACUAGUGUUACUCCUGGUGAAAUUCAGCCCUUCAUUUUAUCACAGGUCCUGGCUGGGUAGAUGAGGGACAACACGAGUGACGCAGCUGGAAGGCAGGUCCCUGCACUGCCUGGGGUGGCUGGGAGUGUACCACCACUGUCAGUUUGAUUCUUGAUGGCAUCAGGCAAUCCCAGUCGUAACAAGUAUAUAAGUGCUGAUGGGCUUUCUGUUGCAUUGCAAACCUCUGAAUGCUUUAAAUGCAGAUGUUGGUGCAAAUUAAGUAGACUCUGCUCUCUUCCCCUUUAUCUGCUCCAGCUCAAGUCUGAGGGACUGAUUCUCCUCAGUCUGGGUGGCUUACUUACCCCCAUGACCUGCACUCCUGUGUGCCAGGCAUUGCAAGGUGAAGCAGGGAAAAUAGGGAUCAGUCAGUUUAGUGGAUACUGUGUAUCCUUUAAUAGUCAAGGUAACAUUUCGUGUUAGUUUAGAAUAUUGUUUUGUAUUGUACUUACUUGGAUGGCAAAGGAAAGACAGAUAAAACUUAAAGCUAUGUUCUUUAAAUUCUGUAUUAUUAGCAACCUCUGUUGUAUAUAGUGUUUGAUAAUAAAGUAUUAAUUUGA